CGUUCAAAUGUUUUGAAUUAGGUGUGCACUUGCCACAGCUUGUACAUCAUCUACCACUAGUAGAACGAGAAGAAGAGAAGAACUGUAAGAGUUUAUAUUUCAAGUCAAGAAAAGAAGCUUUUAUUUAAGAAAAAAUGGGAAAGAUUAUUCACGAAAGCAAGAAGGAGCUCCCGCUGACCCAGACAAAUAAGGUUCGGGAAAGCCGGAUCAGCCGAUGUCCGAUGUCAGUUCAUAUGAAAAACUUUCAGAGUGGUUCCAGCCACCAAGACACACUUUUCCACCGAGCUGUCAAGAAUCAGAUCUGCAAGCCGAAAAUGUGUGAAGGCUCCUUAAUGAACCCAAAGACCUUAAUGCGCUCGGUUCCGUCUUCCCCACCUAACACUAACGAGCUCCUCAUCCAGGCUAUCGACUUCAUCAACCAGUACUACAAGUCCUUCAAAACGUCCAAAAUCGAAGAGCAUCUGGCUCGUGUUAAUGAGGUGGCCUGUGAGAUUGAUGCCACCGGUACUUAUCAGCUCACAGGAGAGGAACUUGCAUUUGGAGCCAAACAAGCUUGGAGGAAUGCGCCCAGGUGCAUCGGCAGGAUCCAGUGGUCCAAUUUGCAGAUGUUCGAUGCACGCAAAUGCAGGACCGCGAAAGAAAUGUUCCAGUUCUUGUGUUCUCACAUCAAGUUUGCAACAAAUGGAGGCAAUUUAAGAUCAGCAAUCACUGUGUUCCCUCAAAGAACCGAUGGCCAGCAUGAUUUCCGUGUUUGGAACAGUCAGCUCAUCAGAUACGCUGGCUAUCAGAUGGAAGAUGGGAGUGUUAUAGGCGACCCUGCUAAUGUGGAGUUCACUGAGAUUUGUGUCCAACUUGGAUGGACCCCAAAGUACAACUCCUUUGAUGUUCUGCCACUGAUCGUGCAAGCCAAUGGAGAAGAUCCUGAAAUGUUUGAACUCCCCCCAGAGUUGAUACUGGAGGUUGAAAUGGAGCACCCACAGUAUGAAUGGUUCAAAGACUUGAACCUGAAAUGGUACACACUGCCUGCAGUGUCCAACAUGUUGUUGGAGAUCGGUGGUCUUGAGUUCACAGCAUGCCCCUUUAAUGGCUGGUACAUGGGCACUGAGAUUGGUGUGAGGGACUUCUGCGAUUCUCAGCGCUACAACAUGCUGGAGAAAGUUGGACGCUGUAUGGGUUUAGAUACACACAAGCUGUCAUCACUGUGGAAGGACCAGGCUCUGGUUGCCGUCAAUGUUGCUGUGAUUCACAGUUUUCAGAAAAACAAGGUGACCAUUAUGGACCACCACUCCGCUGCCGAGUCCUUCAUGAAGCACAUGGAGACUGAAUUACGCCUGCGUGGUGGCUGUCCUGCUGACUGGAUCUGGCUGGUGCCUCCCAUGUCCGGUUCUCUGACCCCUGUGUUCCACCAGGAGAUGAUCAGCUACAUCCUGUCCCCCUUCUACUACUACCAGCCUGAUCCAUGGUUAACAUACGUCUGGAAAGACAAGACAAAAGGACUAAAGAAACGCAAAAGAAUCAGCUUCAAAGCACUUACAAAGGCAGUGGUCUUCUCUCAAAUACUCAUGCAGUCUGCCUUGAAAAAGCGAGUCUCUUGCACCAUCCUCUACGCUACUGAAACCGGAAAAUCACAGACCUUCGCCAAAAAGCUCAAGGCAAUGCUCAGCUGUGCCUUCAAUACCAGGAUACUUUGCAUGGAGGACUACAGUUUCCAGGAUCUUAAGAACGAACGUCUUAUGAUGGUGGUCACCAGCACUUUUGGCAAUGGAGACCCUCCAGGAAAUGGAGAGAGUUUCAAGAAGCAACUCAUGAAUUUGAAUAAUCUGCAAAACAACAUGAGGUACUGUGUGUUUGGCCUUGGCUCUCGCAUGUACUCUCAGUUUUGUGCUUUUGCCCACACCGUGGACGAUAAGUUCGCAGACUUGGGAGCCAAACGUGUGACUUCCAUGGGAGAAGGAGAUGAGCUUAAUGGACAGGAAGAGGCUUUCUCCGCCUGGGCUUGCAACGUAUUUAAGGCUGCAUGUGAGGAAUUUGGUGUUAAGGGGCAGCUUUCAGGGACUGAACACCUAACAGAGACCUGGGAUGCUCUGAAACACCGGGUGCAACCUGACAGCAGCACCCUAGACCACAUCUCAGCUCUUUCAGGGCUACACUCAAAAACUGUGUUUCCCAUGAAGCUGAAGAAAAGAAAGAAUCUCCAGAGCGCUGAGUCAAGCCGCUCGACUUUGCUGGUCGAGCUGGAAGUGGAUAGUGGGAAGGAAGAGGUCUUAAAGUAUGCUGCAGGUGACCAUGUGGGCAUUUUCCCAGGGAAUUCACAGGAGCUGGUGAUGGGCAUUCUGAAGCACCUCCCCAAUGCUCCUACGACCAACAAGAGUGUUCGACUGGAAUACCUGUCUGAGUCUGGUCCAGGUGGUGAAGAAUGGCAGACAGAUUCCCGUAUCCCAGCCUGCUCUCUAACCCAGGCUCUGACAUUCCUCCUGGACAUCACCACACCACCUUCUCAAAGCUUCCUACGUAAGCUUUCACAAUUGACCAAGAAGGAAAAUGACCACCAGCGCUUGCUUGCAUUGGCAUCGGAUUCCAAAUCUUACUCUGAAUGGAAAGCAUUCCGCACGCCCAACUUCAUGGAGGUUCUGGAGGAGUUUCCUUCCUUGGAGGUCUCCCCAGCCUUCCUUCUUAGCCAGCUACCCCUACUGAAGCCACGCCUAUACUCUGUCAGUUCCUCCCCUGAUCUCUACCCUCAUGAGCUUCACCUCACCAUGUCUGUUGUCAAUUAUCGCACCCAAGAUGGAAAGGGUCCUCUACAUCAAGGUGUCUGCACCACAUGGCUCAACACUCUCAAAGAAGGACAGACAGUUCCCUGCUUUAUUCAUGGAUCUGCCGGAUUCCACCUUCCACCAGACCCCAGCACUCCGACCAUCCUAAUCGGAGCAGGAAGUGGCAUCGCUCCAUUCCGCAGCUUCUGGCAGCAACAAUUCCAUGAAAUGAAAAAGACAGGGUUGCAAAAGAGUGGGAUGAUGCUGGUGUUUGGAUGCCGUGGUGCAGAGACGGAUCAUCUUUAUAAAGAGGAAACGUGCGAAAUGAAAGAAAACGGCACUCUGAGCGUCACGCCAGCGUACUCUCGCCAGCCUGGUUGCCCCAAGGUAUAUGUUCAAGACGUUCUGAAAAAGCAGCUUAGCGAAGAGGUUCAUUCGGUCUUGAACCAGAGCGCUGGACAUGUGUAUGUGUGUGGGAGCAUGAAAAUGGCCCGGGAUGUUGCGCAUGCUAUAAAGGAGAUCCUGGUUAACCAUCUGGGUAUAACAUUAACACAGGCUGGAGUUUUGGACCAAUUGAAGGCUGAAAAGAGGUAUCAUGAGGAUAUCUUCGGGGCCUAGUUCUGCAACCGAGGAGAUGUCCAGGUCUAUCACCAUGAGUUCGCUUCAGCAUCAGAGAUCCAAAAGUCACGAAUUGUGAUCAGUAAUACAUAUUGUACGUGUAACAUAUUGUCAUUUGAUUCCAGCAUCGGGAAUCACAUGUAUUGGUGUUUGAAUAUUCAAUUAUAAUCAUUCAUUCGCCAAUUCUUCAAUUCAAUCAUUAAAAAAAGUCAGUCAUUUCUUUUUUUUUUCUUUAAUAAUGUAAUAUUAAUAUAAUCACUUUCGUAAAAUGUAAUCCUUGUUUUGGAUCCUUUGGUGUCGCUAAACUCAUGACUAUUUCUAUGUAUACAUUUUGUAAAUGUGUCUUUAAUUUAAAAAAAAAAGUUUGGAAAUUGAAAUGUCUAUUAUUUUGGUUUUCAACUGAUUAUUCUGCAUAUAUGUACUGUAUAAACAAACAAAGAAAUAAACCGAUGGAAAGAACCUGAUGUGCUCUACAU